AUGAAUGAAAGUCAUGAAUUAACUCGUAUGAUUCGUACAACUAUUGAUUCGAAUAAUUGUCAAUUACAAUCAAGUAAUUUAACUGUAUUGUGUUUAUGUAUUGUAUUAAUUAUAUUAACAUGGUUAACUAAUUGUAUUCUACUUGGUGGGAUAUUACAAACAAAAGGAAAUGGUAAACGUGUAUCUAUAGUUUAUUAUUUUAUUGGAUCACAAGCAAUAGCUUCUUUAUUACAUGUAACAAUAAGUUUUCCACCAGCAAUUGUGAAUACGCUAUUUGACAAGUAA